AACAAAUCUGAAAUCACCCAAAUGGAGAAAAAUAGUAACACCGGAGAUGCAAACAAAGCAAACUCUGAAAAAACCAAAAAAAUAGAGGAAGGGCUGCCAAUAGAAACCAGUCCAUACAUGCAGUACAAAGAUUUGGAAGAUUAUAAGCAAAAGGGCUAUGGGACUCAAGGUCAUUUGGAGCCGAAACCCGGCCAUGGUGCAGCCAACUCUACCGACGCCCCCACCGACAGUGUUUCUUCUCAUGCUCCUCUUCCAUCUACAGAUAAAUCUGCAGUUUAAUUUUUGCUUUUUUUAAAACUUUUUUCCAGUCAUGUUUAAAGAAAACUGAGUGACAAAAAAGAUUUGUAAUCCUUAUUAAUUACAGUAUUUAUGUUAUGCAUGGAACUUGUUUUGUGAUUUUGGACUUUAUUUUAAGAGAGCUGUAUCUGUUUUGUGAUGUUUGGGCUUUUAAUUUUGGUUGAGCUGUAUACCAUAUGUAGAUGAUAUAUGGACAAAGUUAGUUUUUG